UGGCGGUUUCCGGUUUUAACAAUCCCACGUGUUUUCUGUUGUUUUCAUGCGAACUAGUGGCGAGUAACCAAUUUUACUGUGCGAAUGAACGGAUAAUUUUAGUGAAGGAAAUAUUAUUAUUUAGUGAAAGAAAUAUUAUUUAGUGAAGCAAAUAUUAUUUAUUGUUGUAUUAUAUUUAGUCUGUAAUCAAGUACUUUAAAAAGCAGGAAAAAUGGCGAAAUCACAUUCAGGACACAAACCCCCUCGAAAGGAGGGUUUCAAUCGUUCUGGACACAGUAUGAAUCCAGAACGUUCGACGGAGGGCCUUAAAGGUGUUGCAAAAGUACGAACAAAAGGUACAAUAAAGCGACUGCAAAUGUAUCGUAAUUCAAAGGCGAAACGUGAUAAAACUGGAAAAAUCAUAAGUCCAGCACCAUUUCAAGGACGUCUACCAUCGGGUACAAUGUCACGCGUUGAACCAUCGCAAAGAUGGUUUAGUAAUUCACGUGUCAUUACGCAAAAUGCAUUGCAAAAUUUUCAAAAAGAACUCGGUAUGGUGAAAAAUAAUCCCUAUCAGGUGAUUAUUAAACCAUCGCAAUUGCCGGUGACAUUAUUGCAGGAGAAGGCGGAAAAGGCGCGUGUUCAUAUUUUAGAGACGGAAAGUUAUGCGAGUGUAUUCGGUCCGAAGAAGCAGAGGAAACGUCCGAAUUUAAAUAUAUCGUCGAUGGAUGAAUUGGUGAAGAAAGCCGAGGAACAAUUUGAAGUUUAUGAAAAGAAAAAGGAUACGUGUGAUUAUGAUUUAAUUCGUCCUGAUACUGGUGUUAAGGAUGCUCAGAGAGAUUGGGUUAUGGGUGCUGGACAAAGUAGGCGAAUUUGGAAUGAACUUUAUAAAGUUAUUGAUUCGUCCGAUGUUGUUUUACAGGUCCUCGAUGCUCGCGAUCCAAUGGGCACACGUUCGCCACCAGUGGAGAAAUACAUGAAAACCGAGAAGUCCCACAAGCAUUUAAUUUUCGUUCUCAAUAAAGUUGAUCUCGUACCAAAUUGGGUGACACAACGAUGGGUCGCAAUUUUAUCCUCCGAAUAUCCAACAAUCGCCUUUCACGCCUCAAUGACACAUCCCUUUGGCAAGGGUUCACUGAUAAAUCUCCUUCGUCAAUUCAGUAAAUUACACGUCGAUCGCAAGCAAAUAAGCGUCGGUCUCAUUGGCUAUCCAAACACUGGCAAAAGUUCCAUCAUCAAUACACUGCGCUCGAAGAAGGUCUGUAAAGUCGCGCCAAUUGCCGGCGAAACGAAAGUCUGGCAAUACGUCACUCUAAUGAAACGAAUUUACCUCGUUGAUUGUCCCGGCGUUGUUUAUCCAUCGGCCGAAACUGAUACGGAAAAAGUUCUCAAGGGCGUUGUUCGCGUGGAAUUAAUUCAAGGCCCCGAGGAUUAUAUUGCCAGUGUUUUGGAGCGUGUGAAGGCGGAGUACAUUCGAAAGACUUAUAAAAUUGACGAGUGGACGGAUCAUGUGGAUUUUUUGGAGAAAUACGCGCGAAGAGCGGGGAAAUUGUUGAAGAAGGGCGAACCGGAUAUUUCGACAGCGGCGAAAAUGGUGUUGAACGAUUGGCAGAGGGGAAAAUUGCCGUUUUAUGUUGUGCCCAAAGGAUUCGAGGAACCAUUGCCGAAAAUUGUGGAGACGGAAACUAAGGAGGCGGAGGAGGAAGAAAACGAAGUGCCGGCGGAGAAGAAAAAGGAGCAGACUCUGAAGGUUUUGCAAGACUUCAAAAAAAUUCGGGUCGCUUUGCCUUUUUCGCGAGAAGACAUGAGAAGGGAAUUGAAUGAGUCGGAGGUCAAUGACGAGAGUUACGUUCAAACGCCCUGCGCUUCGGAUAUCGGCGAAGACUCCGACGAUGACGACGAUGGCAAUCAAGAUGAAGAAGUUGAAAAAAUUCAAAAAUCGAAAAUAGAAGGUAAAAAACGAAAAGGAGACAAAAACGAAAAAGAAACAGAAACCGAAGAAGAAGAAAAAGAAAACGAAAAAGUAGAAAAAGAAACCGAAGAAGAAGAAAAAGAAAACGAAGCAGAAAACAAAAACAAAAAAGGAAAACAAAAUAAUAGGAAAGAAACGAAGAAACCGGAGAAAAUGGACGAAGACACGGACGAUGAGAUUAUUCCGUUCGAAGAGGACACGUUGAAUGUGAAUGUUUACGAUUUAAUGGACGAGGCAAACGAUUCGAGUGACAGUGAAAUUUUCGACAAGAAAACAACGUCGAGCAGUGGAGCAUUUUCCGUUUCGAGUGUUAAGGAGGCGAAGAAAACGAGUAAACAGAGACGAGCACUCGAGAGGGCUGGUAAACGUAAAAAAAUUGGUAGCAAUUUCUACGAAGUUUCCAAUGUCAAAAAUCGCAAUCGUAAUCGAAAAGUACCCAAAGUUCAGAGGACAAAGAAAACAUAAAAAAUUUUAAUUACAGAUUUUCUCUUCAGAUCCAGUCCCGUUCGAUGAAAAUCAAAAGCAGUUGUCGCAUUCUAUCGAAAAAUCGCUUAUUCGCCGUGCCAAAUUCCAAAGAAUCGAGUUUUGUCGCCUCAACGCCAUCGGUUUCAAUGUCAAUAGUCAAAAUUUUCAAAAUAAACGCACAAUGACUGAA